AUGCCAUGUUUAAUCAACUUGAUUGUUUACGUUACAGAAACAAGAGAAAUUCCUACAAUCAACAAUUUCGUCAUGAAUACUGUCGGAGUUACCAAAUCUUCAACUGGAGAAGAACUUGCUGUCCAUAUUGUUGCUUUCUAUCCAAGAGACCCUGAUGUAAAAACAAAUCUACAAAGGAUAGAACCAAACCAAUUUGUUCGCGUGGGAGGUAAAUUUAUGAUUGAUGAUACAGAUGUGGACAAUUCGAGGAUGAGUUUAACAUCACAAUUAAAACAAAUAAAUGGUAGUGAAUAUUUUGACUCGUCAAGAGUUUCAAUGGAUUUGAAAUAUACCACUCGACCUCCAACAAUUACUUGCUCAAGACUUCCGAAUGUGUACAAAAAGGAAGCUCAUUUAUAUUGCCAGUCAACACAAUCACUUAGAUUAGCUCCACCAGCAUCUUCAACCAAUUUGGAGAAAAGUGUCAUCAAUACUACAAAUUCUUAUGGUAUUCAUGAUACUUUUCGCUUUGGUCCAAAAUCUAUUGAAAGUGAUAUUUCACCAACUCAUCCACUUGAAAAUAGAUUAAAAUAUUGGGAAGAAACACAAAGUAAUUUGAAACUUACAUUACAUCGAAAAGUUUAUGGACUUCAUGCACCAAUAAGACAACUCAUGGAACGAAGCAUUGUAUCAAAGGUACAAAGAUUCCCAGUUUUAGAAUCAUCUAAUCUUGGAUUAGAUAUUUUAAUGGGUAAAGAUGAAACAAUUGAUUUUGAAGAUUUCUUGAAUGAUCCAAGUCAAUCAACAGAUAUGAUUGAUAUACAUUCAGCAAUGGAACAUAAAUAUAACAUCAAAUUAUAA